UGAUGUUUCUAAUUAAGCUGGAUAAGUUCAAUUCAGUGUGGUUCGAAAAUCAGUUCAUGUAAGCGUUCUCUAAAAAUAACUUAAAACAUCUAAAUUGUUUAAAAAUACUUGCAUUCGCGUGUUAUUUUUCCCCAAAAUGUGUCAUUACAGUCAUCGUACACGGUGAAAUAUUCGAAAUUAGUAAUCAAAUGUUAGCAUGAAUAAAUUUUAUUGUUGCUGGAGUAGUGUUGGUUGAGUACGCAAGUUGCGUCGCGUCGGAUCUGUUCGCUUUUAAAUUUACAACACGAUCGGUUGAUCUCAUCAAGGACAGCACUUAAUAAUUAUAAAACUCCAAAAUAUUAUUUGUAUAGCACGAGUGCGUGGUUUAAUAAAAGAUAAAAACUGUGGUCUUCGUUUUGCUGGUGUUACAUAAUAAAAAAAAAAAAAAUGUGGAUAUUUAUUGUCACUGGGGUACUAAUGGUACUUGGCUACUGGGUACUGAGUCGGUGUUACAGCUAUUGGACUAGGAAAGAAGUACCACAAUUAAAACCUUUCUUUAUCUUUGGAAACUUCUGGCCCAUAAUGUCGCGUAAACUAUCACCUCCUGAAUUCAUAGAAAAACUGUACAACUCUACGAAUCUAAGGUACAUCGGCAUAUACCAGUCUCUUCGACCAUAUCUUCUAAUAAGAGACCCAGAACUCAUCAAGCAAAUUACGGUAAAAGAUUUUGACCAUUUUUUGGAUCAUGUGGGUUUUGUAGAUCCAGAAGCCGAUCGCCUUUUUGGAAGGAAUUUAUUUUCACUUAAGGGGAUGAAAUGGAGGGAGAUGAGAUCCACUCUUAGCCCAGCUUUUACCAGCAACAAAAUGAAAUACAUGUUUUCAUUAAUGUCGCAAAAUGGACAACAAUUUGUAAAUCAUUUCCUUGAAAAAAGUGAAGAUGUAAUUGAAGUGGAAAUGAAAGACGUUACUUCACGGUUUGCAAAUGACGUCAUUGCUAAUACUGUGUUUGGUUUUGAAUCUGAUUCUUUGAAAGAACCCAAUAACGUGUUCUACACUAUGGGAAAAUUUGCGACUGAUUUGACAAAUUUGCGGACAAUUAUGGUGUUUCUAGGGUACGUGAUACUGCCCAAACUUCUUAGAUUUUUCAAAGUGGCUUUCUUCCCUAAAAAAAUGACGAACUUUUUUGGACGAAUUAUCAAAGAGAAUAUUGACAGCAGAGAAAAAUACGGUGUCAAACGGUCUGAUAUGAUUGGGUUGUUACUUGAGGCUAGGAAAAAUAAACACAACGACGAUGACCAAACUACUUUACCGGAUACUGGAUUUGCUACUGUAGAAGAAUCAGAAGUUGGUAAAAACCAGAAAUUGAGAAAGUAUGACAUAACAGACGAAGACAUUACUGCUCAGGGUUUGGUAUUCUUCUUUGCUGGAUUCGAAUCUGUUUCUUCACUUAUGUGCUUUAUGGCUUACGAAUUAGGCGUCAAUCAAGAAAUACAACAGAAGCUUAGGAACGAAGUAGACGCCACGAACGAAAAAUGUGACGGAAAAGUUACGUACGAAGCUUUAACUACAAUGAAAUACAUGGACAUGGUUGUAUCAGAGUCCUUGAGAGAAUAUCCAAAUGCCAUAGCCACUGACAGAAUCUGCACUAAAUCUUACACGAUCGAACCAAACACACCAGAUGAGAAACCAGUUCAUUUAAAUAAAGGUGAUAAGAUAUUUAUACCGGUGUACGCAAUUCAAAGAGAUCCACAAUACUAUCCAGAACCAGAACGUUUCGAUCCCGAACGCUUUAAUGACGAAAACAAAAAUAAAAUUAAACCUUAUACGUACUCUCCUUUUGGAUCAGGACCACGAAAUUGCAUUGGUUCGAGAUUUGCUUUGAUGGAAAUUAAGCUUCUUUUUUAUAACAUUCUGUCCAAUUUUGAAUUAAUUCCAAUUGAGAAAACACAAAUUCCGAUUCGCUAUAGUAAGAAAGCCAUAAAUAUGGCGCCUGAGAAAGGUUUUUGGCUGGGUCUUCAGCGUCGCGUAAAGUAACUAAAACAUUUGAUGGUUUUUAUGUUAAAAUGUGUUUGUCAUUGUAUAAUGUCAAAAAUCUGUAUUCUGCAUGUAAACACAGAAACAUUUGUGUUAACAUAAAUUAGCGCUUGCGGUUUGUAAUAUAAAUGUAGAACAUUAUAAAACACGAUCAUUUAAUUUAUUAUACAUUUUUAAUGACUAGCCACAUAGUGGCAACGUUGGUUCUUAAAUGUUUUUUGAAUAACGGCUGACACAUGGUUUGAUUACAAAUUUAACAUUGUGAUAUUUUUAUCGUUGUUAACAAAACAGGAUAUGAUCCAUUGAUAAAUUUUAUGUUAAUUCGAUAAAAAACUUUAUUUCCGCCGCAACUUUAAUACUUAAGAUUUAUCUCAUGAUAACGUCAGGUGAUAACAUGUAGGUACAUCAUUACAAUCUCGUAAGGUGAGAAUUUACCUGAUUAUGCUUUUUUUUCUAAUAUAUAUCUGUACAUGUUUUUUAAUUUUGUAAUAAUAUUUUAUUCUAUUUUAGAACCAUAAUCUUAUUUAUAAGCACCCAAAUGCGGGCUUAAAUUGGCCUUUUUAGCACAAAUCUGUCAAAAAUUGCUAAGCAACAAUUGAUUGUUCAUUUACACUAAUCAAUUAAUUAUUCAAACAGGCUUCGAUAUUCAACGUUUUUCUUAAGUUGGAUAAUAAUAUUUUAUCAAAUCAUUACCUGACCGACUUCAAAUUCUUCUAAACUUUCGUUUGAAUAAAGGUUUUCCGCUUCUUUAAUUUACAUUUUGAAAAACGAAUUAUCAAAUAAUCAACGUGGUAUCCAUAACAACAUCAAAAUAAUAGCCAGCUAUGUAUUAAAAUUCGCAUCGGCACAAUUCACACAGUCUUGCCGAAAAUAUUCAAUAUUUCGUUAAAAAUAGUUUAGAAACUAAAAUAGAAUAAAACGUUGUAUGUACCACGUGCAUAAUUGUCGAUUGUGGCACUCGGGAAAUUAAAAGCCCUCCUUCGUCGGGCUUUAAACAUUCCCUCGUGCCACAAUCUCCUUGAUUAUGCCCUUAAUACAUAAAUAACUAUUAUAUGUCGAUGCAUAAUUAGGCUAAAAUUGUUUGGAUUUGGUGAUGCUUAAUAAUAAUAGUAUUUUAACAAAGCGAAACUAACAUUUAAAAAGCUGUUAAAACUGUAUACUAUUAAAUCAUGAAGUCCAGGUAAUUUUAGUAGAACUUUUGUGUUCUUCUGUUUAGGUAAAACAUAAGUAAAGUAUUAUUUUUU